GCUUUUACUUUCAUGCACCUGGCUCCGUGUGUGACUGGAUCAGCGGCAGCCGUCACGGCUCUGACGUGUCUGAGCAGGACUGCAAGCUCGUGACGUGACACACGUGUUUGAGGCUCAGGAGACACCUGGACCUGUGUGCUGGGCUCACCGUGAGUGGGAGGAUUCACACGGCGUGUUUAGUUUGAAAUCACAGAAUCUGCGCUCCAAAAAACAAAAGAUGUUUGGGGAUCUCAUUUUCACCGAGGAGUGACUCCUCUUCAACUCACGCCAUCUUUGAGUCUCUGCGUCAUGACGUCACACCACGAGCGUCAGGGAACUCAGCGUGCAUCCGGGUUUCCACAAUAAAACGCUUCCUGUUCGAGCCGCCGCUGUGCUCAGGUGAGCUCCUCGUGCUCACAGGUACGCGGUGUGUCUCCUUAGUGUCCAGCGCGUGAGACCGGCCCACGUCCACAUCAGCGGGAUCGAGUCCUCCUGUGACAGUCAGGAUGUCGACCACGUCUCAGAAGCACCGGGACUUUGUUGGAGAGCCGAUGGCGGACAAACCUGUGACGGCUCUGUCAGGCAUCGGAGAGACUCUGGGGAAGAAGCUGGAGGAGAAUGGCUUUGACAAGGCAUAUGUGGUUCUCGGUCAGUUCCUGCUCUUGAGGAAAGACACAGAGAUGUUCACCGAUUGGCUCAAAGACUCCAUCGGCGCCAACUCUCGCCAGGCCAGUUCCUGCGCUCAGUGCCUGAAGGAGUGGUGUGACGCCUUCCUCUGAGGUGCCGCCUCUUCACAAAAACUACACCUGCGUUUGCUCACUUCCUGUUUCGGAGGCUUCUGAUGGCUCUGCUGCUGUUAGGUGUUUGAGGUGGACUUCCUGCAGGAGCGCUGUGAUGUCACAGCGCUCUGCCAGGUGUCUGUUUACCUGUUUUAUGAGUUUGUUUCACUGAAGAACGUUUACAUGAAUAAAAGCUUUGUCUCCA